UAAUUCGUGAUAGCGCUAUAUACGUAUACUUACUGAACAUAAGAUAUUUUAGCAUUAUGAAGGCUCAAUUUUCCUAUGAAUCAAAAAUAUCAAUAUAAAAUUUAUCACUAGCUUUCUAAUCUUUGAAUUUUGUGAUAAAUGAUUUAACAUAUCCUGUUAAAUGUCUGUGUAGUGGUAUCUUCGAAAUAAUGUGUCAGAACAUGUAAAUAAUAUCAGAACUAACAACAAUGUCUGAGAAAAUUCCAUCUAAUCAACCACAGCCAAUUGUUAAGAUUGGCCAUUAUACACUUGGUCAAACAUUAGGUGUUGGGACAUUUGGUAAAGUAAAAAUUGGAGAACAUGUCUUAACAAAACAUAAAGUUGCUGUGAAAAUUUUGAAUCGUCAGAAAAUUAAAAGUUUAGAUGUGGUUGGAAAGAUUAGAAGAGAGAUACAAAAUCUGAAACUUUUCAGACAUCCUCACAUUAUUAAAUUAUAUCAAGUUAUAAGCUCACCCACCGAUAUAUUUAUGAUAAUGGAAUAUGUAUCAGGUGGAGAGUUGUUUGACUAUAUUGUAAAACAUGGCAAACUAAAGGAAUAUGAGGCACGAAGAUUCUUCCAACAGAUUAUUUCUGGUGUUGAUUAUUGUCAUAGGCAUAUGAUAGUUCAUCGUGACUUAAAGCCAGAGAAUCUAUUGUUAGAUCACAAUCUACAUGUAAAAAUAGCAGAUUUCGGUUUGUCAAACAUGAUGAUGGAUGGAGAAUUUUUACGUACUUCUUGUGGCUCCCCUAAUUAUGCAGCGCCAGAAGUAAUUUCUGGUAAAUUAUAUGCUGGUCCUGAAGUCGAUAUAUGGUCUUGUGGAAUAAUACUUUAUGCUUUACUUUGUGGCACUUUACCAUUUGAUGAUGAACAUGUACCAACACUUUUCCGUAAAAUUAAAUCUGGAGUUUUUCCCAUCCCAGAGUACCUGAAUAAAAGUGUUGUAAGUCUUUUAUGUCACAUGUUACAAGUGGAUCCUAUGAAAAGAGCAACCAUUGAAGAUAUCAAGAAACACGAAUGGUUCCAGAAGGAUUUACCUUCAUAUUUAUUCCCGUCGCCUGUUGAACAAGACGCUUCUGUAAUUGAUAUAGACGCAGUAAACGAAGUUUGUGAAAAAUUCAAUGUGAAAGAAGCAGAAGUCCAUUCUGCAUUAUUAGGUGGAGACCCUCACGAUCAACUGGCAAUUGCCUAUCACUUAAUAAUAGAUAAUAAAAGAAUUGCAGACGAGGCUGCUAAAGCUGAAUUAAAAGAUUUCUAUGUAGCUUCUAGUCCACCCCCUGUUGCUUUUAGCCCCAAUGAUACCAGUAGCAGUCCUUUGAGACCACAUCCAGAGAGAAUAGCACCGUUUCGAGAAAGACAAAGUUCUCAAGGAAGUACAUCGUCCUCGAUACAAGGCGCUCGUGGUACGCCAGUAAAACGGGCUAAAUGGCAUUUAGGAAUCCGUUCACAGUCUAAACCAAACGACAUUAUGAAUGAAGUCUAUCGAGCUAUGAAAGCUCUCAAUUUCGAAUGGAAAAUCAUAAAUGCUUACAGCGUUAGAGUACGCCAAAAGAGUGAAUUAACAGAUAGAUAUAGUAAGAUGUCGUUACAACUUUAUCAAGUUGAUUACAAAAGUUAUUUAUUGGAUUUUAAAUCUUUAUCAAAUGAAGAAGAAGAUAUUGGACGAGAUCCUACACUUCCACCACCUCAAGCGACAGGUCAUCAUACAAUGGAAUUCUUCGAAAUGUGCGCAGCAUUAAUCACGCAGUUAGCUCGAUAAAUUUGCUGUACAAUAUGAGUCAUCAUUUUUCAGAAUUAUGUUAAUAAUGCGUUUUACUUCUCGUUGUACUUUACACAACGUGUAUCAGUGCAGUUCAUAGGAUAAAGGGAACAUUUAGGAAGGAAUAUUUUAGGAAAAUAAUAUCAGUUUCAUAAAAAAAAUUGAAUGCGAGGAGGGGAAGAGUGUAAUAAAUCUGUAGAAAAUCAA